AUGGCUUCAAGAUUAGUACUGGUCCUCGGUGACCUCUUCAUCCCGGACCGCGCAAUAGACAUACCCGCAAAGUUCAAAAAACUCCUCACACCUGGCAAAAUCGGCCAGAUCCUCUGCCUAGGCAACCUCACCUCACCCUCCGUCUACAACUUCCUCCGCCAACUCGCACCCGACCUCCAACUUGUCAAAGGCGACUUCGACAUCCCUCUCACUUCUUCAGCCGGCGGCGCGCAACAAGGCGGCGAUGUAGGCGGUGCGGCACCAGCAAGCGCAGGCUUCCCGAUCCCCACCGCUCUAUCAAAAGUCGUCACCCACGGCAACCUCCGCAUCGGCUUCACGCACGGCGACUCGAUCAUCCCGCCCGGCGAUCCGGAUGCCUUGCUCAUCGCCGCGAGACAAAUGGACGUCGAUGUGCUGUGCUGGGGGGGCACGUGCAGGUUCGAGGCAUAUGAGAUGGAAGGGAAGUUCUUUGUGAACCCAGGAAGUGCUACGGGCGCUGUGAGCUGGAUUGAUGAAGGAUUCGUGGGUGGGAGUGGAGACGAGGGCACGGACGGGGAUGAAGAGGGCAACACGCCGAGCUUUGUGCUUAUGGAUGUGCAAGGCGAGGUGCUGGUGCUGUAUGUGUACCAGCUGAAGAGGGAUGGGCAGGGGAAUGAGAAUGUGGCGGUGGAGAAGGUGUCGUUUAGGAAGGGAAGUCCGGGGACUCAAUAG